AUGUCCCACUGUGACGAUGUCGAACUGUUGGAGCUUGAUAUCACAGACUCUCAACAUGUUGUGAACGACAAGGUUUCAAAGGCCAUCGCUAUGUUUGGUCAGAUCGAUAUCCUUGGGAAUAAUGCAGGAUACGUUCUUUCCGCCAAUUCCAAGCAGCUUAUUGGUCUCAAGACAUCGGGUGUCUCUGGUGCUAGGAUUUGCGACCGCCCGAGUUGUGGAAUCGUAGGGGGCGUCAGUUGGCGGCCAGGCUACCUGUCAUGUCUUCAGACCGCUGUCGCAGGACCCGCUAGGUCCCCGGUGUUGGAUCCUCUGCCUCUGUUAUGA